AUGCCGGAUAACCGAACAAUCUUAGGCCCACUGACAGAGUCGUGGGCAUACCCUACCGCAUGCGGUAGCUUGUUAUAUUUGCCAGACUGCUCUACUUGCACUGUGGCAUCGCAAGCUCAGAAGUGCAAUACUGCUUUUCCCACUACGAUCAACGACCGUGAAAAUUUCAAAUGCUGGCCUCCAGCAACGCCGCCGAAUGGCUUUAUUCCCCCCGUCAGCGGUUGGGGUAUUUACAAACCUGCCACCAAAUGCCCCGAAGGCUUCACGGUCGCAUGCACAGCUGAAGGGACGACAAAAAGCGAUUUCGAGUUCCAGUUCGAGGUCAAUGACGAUGAGUUUGAGUAUUUUUUUUCUGCGGGCCUUUUGAGUGUAAUCUCUUGCGAUUCGGGCAGUACUAUUCUCAGGAGCGUGACGGCGCCGACACGAUUCACCAUAGAGACUCGUUCUACUGUAACGGAAAACAUUACUGUGCAUGCACCUAUGUUUCAGCUGGCUGGGCUGAAGCGACUCGAGCCAGUAUCGACAACAUCGACGUCGACAUGGACAGAAACCCCUGCAUCUCAUAUCAAGUCAGACUCUGGAGGAGGUUUGUCAACGGGGGCCCAAGCUGGUAUUGGCGUUGGAGUUGGCGUCAUCGGACUCGGGAUUAUCGGUGCAGCGUUCUACCUCUGGCGGAGGAGAGGAAGGUCACCGAAGUCUGGGUUAGAAUCAUCUCAGUUGGAUUCGCAAGAGAUAAAGCCACCAGGCGAGUUAGGGGGAACACCUUUGUCGCCUCCUCCCCAAUAUACCCCGGUUGAGCUUGAUGGGACUCCCGCUAGACAGGAGUUGCCGUGA